AUGGAUCCCGAUCUGCGCUCGCAGCUCAACAUGCUGCUCAUCAAUGGCGGCCACGACAAGAAGCAGUUCGCUAACCACCUACGGCUCUUUCUCCCUCCGAUUAGAAUCCAAGAACAACUCCUCUACACCCUCAACGCACACACAAACAACUGGCCGACACAAGUACAAAGCCGUGCCCUCGCCCUCCUGCGGAGCGGCGAAGUCACCACGUUCCCCGUCCUCCUGAAACAAAUUCUCGAAGAGGUGCGCAAGGAAACAGCCGCGGGCCCUCCACCCAAGACGUCAUCGUCAUCAGCAAGUAGCAACGGCAACGGCGCCGACUCCUCCGCGGCGGGCAGCAAAGACGGCGCGGGGUCCACGGUGCAGGUCAACGGCUCCAAGAAGCACGCGGGGCCCGGGCCGGGCGAGGCCUCGAACCUGAACAGGGAGGUGUCGACGUCGCUGGGCGUGCCCGCCACCGUUGUCGAGGAGGCCCUCAAGGUCACGAGGGACGUGCUGAAGGAGGUCGCCGAGUUCGAGGAGGAGUCCAACGGCGCCACCUGA